AUGGAGGAGACCUUGUCAAAUGCAGACCAUGAGAAGGCAACAUUUUUGAAGAAUACGACAUUAGUCGAAAUCAAGGCAACACUCAAGACGAAGGAUUCUCUUCAGAGCGUCCAAUUCGACCAAUGCGCAUGCGUGAAUGAGGAUGCGAUUCGUGAGUUAGUGGCGAUACUCAACCCGCGAUUAAGAAGCCUGUGUGUCGUCUGCAUACCAGAUUUUACAAACAACGCUGUGGCGAUCUUAUCAGAGCGAUGCCAUGAUUUAGAGUAUGUACGGUUCGACUCGUGCCCCCGUCUUGAUCGCUCUGCCUUAGAGCUACUGGGAACCAACUGUAAGAGUCUGAAGUCGGUGACCUUUACACGGGCAGAUGGCGUGGAAUGGAAGUUAGUGGAUUCUGCGUUAGAUGCCUUGACCAAACACUGCAAGGCUCCUUUGGAGGUGAUCAGUUUUGUACGCUUCACACGCCUCACCGAUAAUGGACUUCGAAGUUUAAGCAAACAAUAUAGUGAUAGUUUGAACAAUGUGGAUUUCAGCGCCUGUGAAGGCAUAAGCGAUGAUGGACUUUACGCCUUGGCAGGUACUUGCACCAAACUGAAGCAUAUUGCCCUCAACAGGACUAGUAUUUCGGAUAAAGGGCUUGCCUAUCUGGCGGAGAAGCGACGAGAUCUCCUGGCAUUGGAAGUAGGUAACUGCAUUCGGGUGACAGACGCUGGGAUCCGAAGCCUCGCUCGCUUCUGUCACUCGCUUGAAUCUAUCAGCGUCGAGCACUGCAUCCAGAUCACCGACGAGGCCUUGAAGGCGCUGUCGGAAGGUUGCUUCCAACUCGAACGGCUCAACUUCAGUCAGACUGGUCUGACAUGCGUGCCCAGUACUAUCCUCAGCCUCGGCAGACUCAAGAACUUCCAGGUCCAUAUGUGCAAAGAGCUGAGCUCACCUCCACAAGAGAUCAUCGAACGGGAAGUCGAUGGCUUGGUGGAAUACUUCUGUGAGAGGAGCCUUGGCUUCAGGCUUCGGUUGAUGGUGUUUGGACCUAGUGGCGGCGGGAAGACCAGCUUUGUCAAAUCCAUCUGCUCAGGGGUAGCUGAGAAAGCAGGCGCACCUACUGAUGGACUGGACGUGACAUGCUGGUGGCCUUUCAGGGGAACUAAGAACGAUUCCUUGUUUAACCACAAACUGACGGCUGGUGAGAGAAGUCUAGCAGUGGAAAUCUGGGAUCUGUCUGGACGACCGGUAUGUCAGCGAUGUCUCCACAUGUUCAUUACUCCUGCUACUCUACCCGUCAUCGUCUUUAACUUGGCCGACUCUGAGAGCUGUGAUGCUGUUGUCCAGUAUGCUGACUUCAUACACAGCAGGGUUCCAGGCGGGAACUUCGUCCUAGUAGGAACCCAUUCUGACGAAUUGUAUGCCGAGGACAAGCGAAGUGGACAAUCGAGAAGAGUUCUAGGGGCCCUUACCACCAGGACUGCACAGUACACAAAGGUCUUCAAAGAAGAGAUCGCAAACAUAGAGAAACUGUCGGGUAAGAAGAGCCAGCAGCAUUGUAAGGAUCGCAUCCAGCAUCUGAAGAAGAGGCUGGAGGGGCUACCCAAAGGUCCUCCACAGCUAAUCACUGUCAGUACCCUCACUUCCAAGGGCCUGGAGGAGGCUACGAAGGCGAUCCUCAGUACGAUCCUAGACAAGAAGAGCUUUCCACAUCUUCGCUACGAAGUCAGACCAGAGACCACCAAGGUCUUCGAGGAGAUCCUUACCCUCAGGAAGAAAAAUGUCCUCCUGGUGCCAAAGCAUGAUCUCGACGCCAUCUUCAAACAAAAUGGCGUCCCUUCAUCAACGGAAGGCAUGAAAGACGAUGUUCAGUUCCUGCAGGACGCGGGUGCGAUCUUCCCCUUCGCCUUCCCGACCGCCCGAGGAUCAGCGUACAGCUCCGACAUCAUCUGUGUUGACCCUACAUCGAUGGCCCUCGCGUUACACGCAGUCCAUCUGGAUACCAGUACCAAAGAUUUCCGCUUUGAGAGUAAGAGAUUCUGGCCCAAGGCCGCUACCACCAAGAAACCAGCACCAUCGGUUCUGGUCAAGGCGCUGGAAGAGGUUGCCACGCAAGGACGAGUUAUAGAAUGCAUUCUUCCACUUCUUUGUCAGUCUCUUCAGCUGGAUGAAUCUCAGGUUCUACAUCUGAUAGACCUCCUGACCAAGCUCGGUGUACUUCUCAAAGACACCAAGGAAUCUUCUGAUGAUCAGUUCUCGUGUCUGGAGCUCCCUAGCUACAGAUCCUUGUCUACUAAACUCAUCUAUCAUCUCCCCUUGCUGGGAUUCAUGCCGCAGAACGGACCGACACUGAAUUGGACGCCGAAGCCUUUCCGUGGUGAUGUUCAGCUGGGAUGGCGGUAUCGCUUUCAACUUGGCACCCCUCCUGGUCUAGUGGCACAGCUUCUUGCUUACUGCCGAUCAAGAGUCAGGCAAACCUCAUACCAGCAUCAAUGGCGGUCGGGACUGCUGCUUAAGAUUGGACAGGCCCUAGUGAACAUUAACGAGCCUGAGAUGACAGAGUUCUGUCCAUGUCUGGAUGUCGUCGGGCGUGUCACAUCUGAUCUUGAUGAAGAAGGAGAUCAGAGAGCUACUGAGAUCAUCUGGGGAGCUAUCGCUAGGGUUCUCCUCAUCACUGAACAGUUCCUUCAGGAGUGGCCAGGAUUUUACAAAAUGAUCACAAUAACGCCGUUCAGCAUGUUCUAUACGUGUAGUAGUUCUGAGAUCGAAGUGGCUCCCGAGGUUCCUCUACAGCUGUGCCUACAUACCUUGUUCUCUGGAAACACUUCUAUCAACCUCUCACAGAACGGAGCCAGCUACGAGAUCGAUCUAGGACUCAUGUUCCCAACACUGGGGGAACCAUCUCAGUCUGUCCAUGAAUGGCUAGAGGCCCUAGCUCUUUCUGCUACUGAUGGCAAUGACACUUGUCCAAGUCCCAUCUCAGAGACGCCCUCUACGCUACCCGAUCCGAGUCGACUCUCCGACGAAGUCGCAGGAAGUUCUGACUCAACGCCACAUAAAGAUGCUGGUGAUGGUGCGGCCAGGGAUUCAUCAUCACCGAUGGCCAAGGAUAAGAAGGUGGCUAAGAAGAAAGCAGUUGAGAUCAAGUGGGACCUGGUCGAAGAAAAGACAACCAAGAUCAGUGAGGAGAAUGAGAUCAAGGAAGCGAGGAGGGUUGCCAAGGCGUUUGUAGCGGUCCUCCUGGCCGAAUCGAUGGCGAAGUACAUCUAUGAACACGAAGACAGUUCUAAUGGCCAUGCUUCUGGUGCUGGUUCGACCACUAAUCGAAAUGCACGUCAUGCUGCUGCUAAAGCCUCGGCCGAAGCAGCCCGAGCUGCUCAGAGUGGCGACGCCGAAGCGGCUGCAAAAGCCGUGGUCGCGGCGGUGAAGGCCGUGGAAGAUGUGACGAACCCGAGGAAAAAUCACACAAGGAUUCGAAGCCCUGUCAAGAGUAAAAUGUGCAUCGUUGUGUAAUGCAAGCGUACCACUGAGAAAUAGACUCUGUCAGUUAUAGCCCACACUUG